ACCCCUCCCACGCGCGCUCACGACAACCGGGCCCCGAGAACGUGCGCAUCUAACUUUUUAUUUUGGCACCGCUAGUAAGAUCUCCAGCUCCCGUUUUGUCACGUUUGGAGACUGUUUUCUUGCAUUUUUUCAGUUUACUAUCCCAUAAUCCCCCCCCGUUUUUUUUUUUACCUCACUCCUGGAGCUCCACACAGUUUCCUUCUCGGUCCAAACUCGACUCCUUUCAUGUGAGAGACCUUGAUCUACCCCUGACCAUCAGCUUGUACACCAGCCUGUCUGACAACCAGAAUAAACACACAGAAGCUGUCAUCCUGCAGGGCCAUCAGUCAGUGAAAAACUAAAACUUAAAUUCCACACAAACAGCCAGCGAGAGACACUAAACAGCUGCUGAAGCAGCCUGCAAGAUAUUUAACCAGCCUGACACCAACGGGCAGCAAACAGCAAACAAAUUAACCAGACAGAAGGGUAGCCAUGUUGAUCAUCUUAGCCUUCAUCAUCCUCUUCCAUCUGGCUGCAGUCAUCCUGCUCUUUGUUGCAACCAUUCACAAUGCAUGGUGGGUGGUGUCGCCACCUGGACGUGAAGUGAUCUACACUGACCUGUGGUACUCCUGUAACGUUACCUGCUACCCUGUGGAGAGCAGCCAUACCACUGAAGCAGCCUACCUACAGGCGGUCCAAGCUACUAUGAUCCUGGCCACCAUUUUAUGUUGCGUCAGCUUCUUUGUCUUCAUCCUUCAGCUCUUCAGGAUCAAACAGGGAGAGAGAUUCGUUUUCACCGCUAUUAUCCAGCUAUUGGCCUCUCUAUGUGUGAUGAUCGCAGCGUCUAUCUACACGGCUCAGAAAGAGACCUUUCAUGUGCCAAGUCUUCGGGAGGGCUCCUAUGGCUCCUCUUAUGUUGUGGCCUGGAUCAGCUUCCCUGUGACUCUCAUCAGUGGCCUCAUGUACCUGGUGCUCAGGAAGCGCAAAUAGAUGUGAUGGGCUUGAUGCAAAGGCUCGCAAUUAUUCAAAUGUAUAAAUAGGAACACUUGGACACAAAUGCAUUAAGACGUACACUUUUUCUCAACAAAUGUUCCUGCACACAUGCUCUCUUUCUAACCCUUAGAUUUUGUAAUACCAUUGGAGAUAAGAAAAUAUGCCAGAAAUGUCAAAUCCAUUUUAAUUUAAGGUCUUGGGUUCAGAGCCUGAUACACUUUUGUCCAUCUCACAUACUCAAAAUCACAAAUAGUCACACACACACCCCUCUCCUUCCUGAUGGUACAUUGUUCUCAAUGAAUAUGGGAACGAUGCUUUAGGACUCCCCAGACUCCCAGUGUGUCCAGUUGACAGGCCGUACCAUAAAUAUUUUUUUCAAACAAAUGCCUCAGAAGCAUAGCUGACAGUUUACUGACCAACAGACAGUUGAUACACCCACUGUCUUAGAUGUUCUGUUUUCAUGUAUUUUUAACAUUUAAGAUGAGAAAUGCACCCUAAUUCACAUUUGAUUUGCAAUAUCUGGUUUGAAAAGUGUAAACUGACUUUUGCCUGCUGUACACAGCGUUUGAUAGAUUCAUUUACAUAAAGCUGAGGUCAUAUCCACUCCAUGCAAAUAUAGUCACUCACUCAUUGCUCUGUGUAGAAAAUAAAUAAGAAAUGCCCAUUUUAGUGAGAACAUACCUAUCUUCCCUCUUUCCCCCCAGCCAUUACACAAAACAUGAGCUCUGUUCCAACACACUUGUUGGAUUUGUCUCCUACCCUUCUGUCAUUGUCUGUUGGGUCCCUGUCACACCAUUCAUAGGAACUUGUUAAAAUAUCUGAUCACAAAGGAUAAAGGUUUAAGAAGAAAGCUGGGGAUGUUUUCCUUACUGGGACACUGCCCCUGGACUUUUCAAAGGGUCCAUUUUUUUGUGAAACUAUAGUCAAUGGAAUUUAUUUUGUACAUAUUUGCUGUGUAUGUAUAGUUCAGGUAAUUGCCAAAAUCCUCUUUCUAAGAUUGAACUAUAGUCAAUAACCCAGUUAUUGGCCUUAAUGAUACACCAAGUAAACAUGGUAUGUAUAGUGUAUAUGGUGUAUGGUGUACACAUUCACAUUCAGUCAGCUGUAUGACUGUAGUUCAGUCUAUAUAUAUAUAUAUAUAUAUAUAUAUAUAUAUACACACACACACACACACACACACACAUAUAGAGGAAGUGUAGUGAAACAGUAGUUGAGGUAUGUAGGACUUUAACCCUUUGUUUGUAUUCAUAUGUUACUGACUUGUAUUUUUUUGGUGACAAAGGAACCAAUGAUGUGCUGUGAUAUUUGGGAUUUAAAAUGACAAAACAGAAACAUGCAAACUUGAAAUAGGAAUGAACAUUUCUUUGUUAUUAUUGUGUCUUUUUGUUCACAGCUUCACUGAAAAAAGGCAGGCGCUAUUUAUUGUUUAAAACCACUGUUGUUUGUUGUGACUGAGGAUGUAUGAAGUAAUUAAGUCUUCCCUCUCUGGCCAAGCUACUGUUUAUUUGGUCCAUUACUUAAACUUCUCCAACACCCAUAUGGACAUAUGAUCUGACAUUUAAUGUCAAUAAAUUCAUUACUGUAUUGUAUAUACUACCAAUUUGUAGAAUUACUGCUGGCUACAGCAUUUAUAGAGAUAAUGUCUGAUCCCAAAUUAGUACUACGUAAACUAGUUUUCUUUUCCUCUUUUUUGGUGUUGGUUUGGGGGUGACACAGUCAAGGGAGAACAGUUGGGUAUUAACGUGGUAGCUGUAAGGUCCUGAAACAUUUCUAGGAAACAAGUAACACAACAAAGUAAGGUAUUGGUGGUGUACUGGGUUGUAAAAUGAUAGAACUAUGUUCAUGCUGGACAGACCUUGGACCACAGAGCCUGUGACAUACCAGCUCACCAAUAAUGAAGAUUCAGGGAAGAGAAAUGAAAGUGAAGAUUUGCUCUGCUAUCUCAAGAUGAUACUUGAAAACUAUUAGAACAACACAUUGGAGGCAAACAUUAUGACGUUUGUUGUUCACGGUUUUUGUGAAGUUGUCAUCUUAGAAGUAUUUUGCUAAAUAAUAAGCCUCCUGGUUGCAUGCAAAUGUUUGUUAAAAUUAAAUUACAGGUUAUAUAGAUCAUGUAAAGUUUGCAACUAUUCGAUUUAGCAUUGUUCAUUUCAAAACAGAUCUAAAUGAUGAUUAAGCAAACUGUUGCAGAUAUUCAACAGACACCACAGGACUCUGUCUUAAAGGCUGACAUGUUAGAGCUACUCUUGAUUUAGAAUUGGAAAUGUUUUAUGUUAUGGUUGUGAUAAUUUUCCUGUGUGUGUGUUUUAUGUUAAUGUAGAUGUACUGUAUCUUAGUCAAUGUAGAUCUAUACAAAUAACCACAGGGCCAUACUGACAAAUAAUCAUAGAACUUGUUGAAGCCAAAACUGUAUUUAUGGGGAUUUGUUUUUUAAACAUUUUUUGCAGUUGAAAUAUUUCUAAUGCUUAAUGAAGUAUUAAUUACACAUUGAUCGAGAGUCUUAUGUUGCUUUAUAAUGAAGACGUGUUGAAAUGGUCAAUGUUUUAACAACUUAAAUUAAACAAGUUUCCUAUGUAGCAUAGGAUUCAUCCAGUUUUUGUCAGAUCUGACACAGGCUUAUAUAUCAUGGCAAAUGGGAGUGUUUCUGCUUGUUGCAGGCUCUGUUGCUUUUACUCUUUUAAGCAAAUUAAAUUACAACAUGCUAUUUAUUUUGAUCUCUGUUGUAUGAUAAUACUGUGUCUUCAUGACUUCACAUCAUUCAACUGUUGUCUGCUAUUGACACCUAGUGGACAGAGAACUACACCAUACAUAAAUACUGAUGUGCGCUCCUGUCAAGCUGAAAAGAAUGAACUUGUUUCUGCUUGGUGAAUCCUGCCGCUCUAAUCUCAGAGGCACAGAUUUCCAACAGAUUCAGGAACAAAGACUCAUCUCCCCUGCAGGAAUUUAUAGGUGCUUAUUUUUUUCCUGUGUCCCCACCCACCAGAUGUAGAUCUCAAUAAAUGUAUUUUACAAUAAAUAAAAUUUCUUUGUUUGUGCCAAA